ACGAUGGACCUGAAUAAAUCUAGUUUUGUUAUCCCACUGGAAACAUUUCGUUUGUCGUGUGCAUGUGCUCUGGCACUGAAAUGGUUUACCAAUAACAGUCCUACUCCGCCUUCCCCUCUACCUCCCCAAGAACUCCCUCUCUCCCCUUUUUCAUCUCCUCUUUUCAGUCUCUCCAGCUCUUCCUAUCACAAGAUCGCGCUUUGUCUGUUUGGAGAUGGCGAGUCCAUCCAAUGAUACAAGGAAUCAAUAACUGACGCUCAUAUGAAAUGCAACUCACUAUCAAAGAAAGUAAAGAAGGAAAAGUAUUUAUUGCUCGGGGACCGUUACUAAGGAGUCAUGUGGGUGCAGCUACGGAUACAUUUGUUUGCAUGAAUAUUUACGACAUUUUGCGCAUAAUUUCCACCUGGAUGAUUUCGCUUUUCUUGUAAUAAGAUAGGCCUGCAUUUGCUCAAAAAUAUUAUUCAUCUAUAGACUGCUUGAUCGCAAUACAGUUGUCAAAGUUGAUCGGGGACUUGAUCUUACAAGCAAUGAGUUCUUACUUCGUCAAUUCCCUCUUCACUAAGUUUAAAGGAGGCGAUUCUCUGCGCUCCAACUGCUAUGAUUGCUCAGGGUACGCGCCGGAUCUCGGAAGCAGACCAUCUGUGCUGUACGGUCACAACACAGGAUCUGCGUUUCAGCACGCGGCUCAGUUCCCGGAAUUCUACCACCACGGUACAUCAUCGUUCUCCCACGCAUCUUACCAACAGAACCCGUGCGCAGUCGCUUUCUCUGGAGAUGCCACGGGAAACAUCUUGGGCCAGGACACUUUACAGAGACAGUCGUUCUUCAGCGCCCCAGAUGCGGAUUUUACGCAAUUUGGGGAUUUAAAGGUCAACAGUAUCAGGGAUGAUUUGGAAAGUGCAGAACCGUGCGCAGCGCAGCUCUUCCCAUGGAUGAGACCACAAGCUACCGGCCGGAGAAGGGGCAGGCAGACCUACAGCCGCUAUCAGACGCUGGAACUGGAGAAAGAGUUCCUGUUCAACCCUUACCUGACCCGCAAGCGGCGCAUCGAAGUGUCUCACGCACUGGCCCUCACCGAGAGGCAGGUCAAGAUCUGGUUUCAGAACAGGCGCAUGAAGUGGAAAAAAGAACACAACAAAGACAAGUUUCCCUGCAGCAAAACGGAGCAAGAGGAAAUUGAGAGACAGGGGCAAGAGGGGAGCCAGGAAUCAGAAAAACACACAUCAGGAGAAGAUGACUCGGAGACUUCCAGUAAUUCUAAAUAGGCUGUCGACUGCAAAAGAAAACCAUCGCUGCAAAUAUAUAAGUUUGAGGUUCAAAAUGACGUCUGUCGACAAGCAAAGGCUAUCAAAUACAAAGCCAAUCAUGUAUUCCGUUCAUUGAGGCAUUUCUGUUUUCCAACAGUGAUUAUUUCCGCUUUUUAUGGUUUGAUGAUGUAUCAAUCUCAGUUUUGUAAGGUUCCACUGGUGUUUGUCCUUGAGUAGAUUACUCUUGAGGUUACUGUUGCAGUGAGGGCAUAUGAGGAGAAGGAUAUGGUCUGCAUGGCGUCUUGCUAUUUCCUAUCUUCAAAUCUUCCACAAUCCAAGUUCUCUUCAGUAACUUUGCUACAGCGUAUAUAACAUGGGUGAGGAAUCAGCAUUAGUGAGUGCAUUACUGUAUCUCUUACUGUAAGAAAAUGCACUUUUUGUGAUUGUUAAUUACUGUUCGCCUAUUAAAGUUUACAAAUCUACAACCGAACUACCUAAUAUAUGGGUCAUUGCGUCAAUCAUUAUGUCAGUGUAUCCAUGCGUUAUGCUUUCCUGGGAGAGGAUGGUUCAGACGCACAAUGUUAUUCUUAAAAUGCUGUGUAAAUAUUUCGUGGAAGCACUGUUCUAUUGUAUUUUCUAUUGUCUUUAACUGGAAGUGGUUCCUGAAAGAAGCCACAAUAAAAUAUAAGAAAAGAA